UCGGCCCCGGGCCCGCUCGCCCGCCGCCCCGCAUGGAGCUGUCAGCCAUCGGCGAGCAGGUGUUCGCCGUGGAGAGCAUCCGGAAGAAGCGCGUGCGGAAGGGCAAAGUCGAAUAUCUGGUGAAAUGGAAAGGAUGGCCCCCCAAGUACAGCACGUGGGAGCCAGAAGAGCACAUCCUGGACCCCCGCCUGGUCAUGGCCUAUGAGGAGAAGGAGGAGAAGGACCGAGCGUCGGGGUACAGGAAGAGAGGUCCGAAACCCAAGCGGCUUCUGCUGCAGCGGCUGUACAGCAUGGACCUGCGGAGCUCCCACCAGGCCAAGGGCGAGGAGAAGCUCUGCUUCUCCCUGAUGUGCCCGCUCGGCAGCGGGAGCCCCGAGGGGGUGGUCAAGGCGGGGGCACCCGAGCUGGUGGACAAGGGCCCCUUGGUGCCCGCCCUGCCCUUCCCGCCCCGCAAGCCGCGCAAGGCCCACAAGUACCUGCGGCUCUCACGCAAGAAGUUCCCGCCCCGCGGGCCCAACCUGGAGAGUCACAGCCAUCGACGGGAGCUCUUCCUGCAGGAGCCUCAGACCCCGGACACCCUGCAGGCCGCCGGCGAGUGGGAGCCUGCUGAACAGCCCCCCGAAGAGGAAGCAGUGUCCCGUCUGUCUGUCUCUCCCGCGGCUGCAGCAGAAGCAGACUUGGCUGAGGGGCCCCCUCCCUGGACACCCGCGCUCCCCCCCAGCGAAGUGACAGUGACCGAUAUCACUGCCAACUCCAUCACCGUCACCUUCCGUGAGGCCCAGGCCGCUGAGGGCUUCUUCCGAGACCGCAGCGGAAAGUUCUGAAUCACCGUUUUCACUCUACAACUGAUUUCUUUUGGGCUUGGGGUGGGGGCUUCCCGAGAUGGGGAGGGUAACUCUUUUAUUUAGAAAAAUGUGGGACAGAAAGGGCAGACCCCACCCCACCCCACCCCCAAACCCUGUCCCCUUCUCCCAGUCAUGUUUACAGAGAGGCCUGGGGCUGCUUCCGAGGGCAAGGGGAGGCCCAGCACCUCGCUGUCAGUUGGGGUGCCGCCUCCAGGGAUCGGGGACACCUCUGUCGCCAUUCUGCUCUGGAGAAAGGCCCAAAGCCUCACCUGGGAACGCCCAGCCCCAGCUUCUGGUUGAUUUCCCUUUUCUUUUUUUUUUUUGGGGGGGGAGUUCCUUUUUAACUUUCCACUCCAGCUUUUCAGUGGGAUGUGGAGCUGGCUUUGACCAAACAUGACUGGUUCCGGGAGAAGGGGCAGGAGGAAGGACUGGGGUCCUGGCUGUCCCUUCCCGCGGGCCGGCUGCCGCUGAGAGCCCGCCUCUCUGCCCUCGGGGCGGCUGGCGAACCUGCCGGCAGCUCUGACCAGGUGAGGGAGGGAUUCACCGCACACAGCUUGCCGUAGGCACCCGCCGCACUGCUCACGCACCCGCCUCAGCCCCCCAGCGGCGGCUGUCAGCGGCGGCCUGCGAGGAGCCUCCCACACUCCACGGCCCCAGCCCGACUCAGGUGACUGCAGCCGCUGCCGUCCUGCCCCCUCCAGCUCCCCCAGCGCCACCUCAGGGCCAGCCUUGCCUCCUCACACCCUCCCCAGCCCACCCUGAAGGCUGCCCUGGGGCGUGGGGGGCCUCUGCCUGGUCUUCCUGGUCGGCUGCGGGCAGUGCCCGGGCUUGGACACGCCAGCCAGAGGGCGGUGCAUGGGGGGGUCGGGGGCAUCUCCUAGUUCGCACAGUCAGGCCCUGUCGCUGGUGGCUCCCUGCGGUGAGAAGUGACCCCAGCCAUGGAUGGAGAAAAGGCCAGGCUGGGGGCAUGGCUCCCCUCCCCGUUGUCAGAGCAGGUCACUCGGGGGGGCUGAGCCCUGCCUGCCUCCCUCUGCUGUCCUGAGGAAGGACAGGGGGUUCUUUCCCAGACUCCUUUCCCCUAGUUCCCGAACCAAAGACAGCCUACACCCCAUUUCUGCUUAGCGUGCCCUGCUGGCGAGACCCCAGAUCCCUGAGUCUGCCCCUUCCUCUAGUCCUCAGCUGUCCAGGGUCAAUUCAGUGCUUCCAUAGGGGGUCAGUCCCCCGUCACGCCAGCCCAGGGGUUGAGUCUUGAGGGGGGGGCGAGGGAGAGGAAGGGUGGCCACAGCGCACCCCCCCCCCCCGCUGUGGGACCCCCAGAAAGGGAGUUGGGGCCCAUCAACAUGGGAGGACGUUGCCUGCACCUGUGCCUUUUGGAUCGGUUGGCAGCUUCCAGGCAGGGGUGUGGGGUUCUCUCAAAGAGCUGUUUGUGCAAUGUGAAGAUUUGGGGUUUUUUGGGGGGCAAGGCAGCUCCAUUUCUGUCUGUGGUGGCAGAGCGUGUUCUGCCUCUCCCUCAGCCUUUCCUGCCCCCUGGGUGCCCUGCGUCUCAGGGAGGGCCGAGCCCCAGGAGCUCAGCGGGCAGCUUCCUGGGGGAGGGCUGUGGGCCCCAGGACCCUUCCCUGCCCGGCGCCCCAGGGCUCCGUGGGCCACGCAGGCCCCCCCAGCCCUGCACAUGCGCCAGAGGGCAAGGUGGCCUCGACCUCCAGCACACCCCAGAAGGCCAGUACCCUUGGGGGUGGGGCCUCAGUGGGCCGCCUGCCUUUCCUGCCCCGGCCCCCAGCUGUUUUGAAUGUAGAAAGACUGAAAAGGGCCAGUAGGUACUUUUCUGCGGCGGGAGGGGCGCGGGGAGAACCGAGCCUGCACCUGCGGGCCAGCGCGCGAUGGAGGCGCCCGCCGGAAUCGGGGGGGAGGCCCCGGCACGCCCCCGGCCCCCGGCCCCCGGCUCAGCACCGCGCACUGCGCCCGGCGCCGGGAGAGCUGGCGUGGGCGCAGAGUGCGGGUUUAUUUUUGUACUGACAUUGGUAAGAGACUGUAUAGCAUCUAUUUAUUUAGAUGAUUUAUCGGCAAAUGAGGCAAAAAAUGUUAAAAAUACAUUAAAGAUGAUUUUAAGAAAGCUCUUGGCGGCCUCGUGGUGUUCCCUGGCGCCCGCACCCCCAGGAAGACCUCUGGCCUGUGGCCUGGGUUUCGCUCCGGGACUGCCUGUUCCUGGUGUGGCCGCCCUGCCCCGGUCCCUGGGCCUCCAGCGGACAGCGGGGUCAGUCUGCGUGGUGGGUGGGAUAAGAGUGGGAACCAGAGGCUGGGGUGUGAGCAGGUGGGGACCGUGGAGGCCCAGAGGUGCUUCUGAUUGCUGCACCUUUUCUCUGCUUCCUCCUAAGUGUGCUGAUCUUGAACCUAAGGUGGUACGUGCAGGGGUCUGCAGCCGAAGGUUCUGGAACCCAGACCUGUCACCAGGCCUACUGUUCUGUUCAGCCCAGCCCAGCACACCUGUCUGAACCAGAGAGUAAAGCAGGGAGGGCACGGAGACCAGCUGGAGCAGGCAGGGGAGAGCAGGCAAGGGGGUCGCCGGCCCCCCUCGGCUGCGGGCAGUAGCCACAG